AUUGAGGAUUUGUAUCAAAAAUCCUGGUAUUUGACAGCUCAGGAACAUGAAUCUGGCCCGGAAGAGGCCAUGAACUCCCGAUCAUCCUCCGUUUCACUGCCUGCUCCGCGUCAACGUCCAACUGUAACUUCACGACUGUCCUCCGCGAUAUCGAAUGCUGAGCAUGGCGAGGCUGCGAACGCGCCAACGAAUGCCGAACACCAAAUAGAAGAGGAGAUUGCGAAGAUCAAGAGAUAUGAGGAUUUUACCACAAUAGAUUGGGUACAAGAUGCUGCGAAAGAACAACUACGGCGAAAAGUACGGCGGAAAGAGACAGCUGGGUUUUUCGAGAGAGGGGGCCAUGCGGGCUGGAGAUACAAGCUUGGAGAGUCAUAUGAGGCAGCUCAAGGGUGGAUAGUGGUUACGUUGAUAGGUGCGGCCAUUGGUGUGAAUGCAGCUUUCUUGAAUAUCAUCACUGAGUGGCUUUCGGAUGUGAAACUGGGGUACUGCGAGACGGCCUUCUACCUCAAUGAGAGCUUCUGCUGUUGGGGAGAGGACAAUGGUUGCGAUGAUUGGCAUCGAUGGAGCUCACUAUCUCUAGUCAACUAUGUGUUAUAUAUUAUGUUUGCUACAAUAUUCGCUUUGACUUCAGCAAGUCUAGUCAGAUCCUUCGCACCCUAUGCAGCGGGAUCAGGGAUAUCGGAGAUCAAGUGUAUCAUAGCUGGAUUCGUCAUGAAAGGUUUCCUUGGAUUCUGGACUCUGGUCAUCAAGUCCGUAGCAUUACCUCUCGCUAUUGCAUCUGGUCUGUCCGUUGGCAAGGAAGGUCCGAGUGUACAUUAUGCUGUCUGCACCGGAAAUGUUAUCUCAAGGCUGUUCGACAAGUACAAAAGAAGCGCAUCGAAAACUCGAGAGAUUCUAAGCGCAUGUGCUGCCGCCGGUGUAGCCGUCGCAUUUGGAAGUCCCAUUGGAGGCGUCCUGUUUUCCCUCGAGGAGAUGUCUUCUUACUUUCCACUGAAGACGAUGUGGAGGAGUUACUUUUGCGCUUUAGUUGCCACGGCCGUGCUGUCGGCAAUGAACCCUUUUAGGACGGGUCAGCUUGUUAUGUUCCAAGUCCACUACGAUCGGUCAUGGCACUUUUUCGAGGUCGUAUUUUACAUCAUCAUUGGAAUUUUUGGGGGCUUGUAUGGCGCAUUUGUUAUCAAGUGGAAUUUGAGAGCGCAGGCUUUCCGCAAAAAGUAUCUCACCAAAUACGCUAUCCUCGAAGCGACGUUACUGGCAACUGGGACCGCAAUCAUUUGCUAUCCCAACAUGUUUUUACGAAUCGACAUGACCGAGAGUAUGGAGAUUCUGUUUUUAGAGUGCGAGGGGGCUGAGGAUUAUAACGGUCUAUGCGAUCGAGAGAAUAGGUGGAGAAUGGUGGCUUCUCUUACCAUAGCAACAAUCCUUCGGAUAUUCCUCGUCAUCAUUUCGUACGGCUGUAAGGUCCCCGCUGGUAUUUUCGUACCGUCUAUGGCCAUCGGAGCCUCUUUUGGAAGAACAGUGGGGAUUUUGGUGCAAGCUCUCCACGAAGCUUACCCAACAUCUGUAUUCUUCUCAGCGUGCCAGCCGGAUGUCCCCUGCAUCACGCCUGGAACAUACGCAUUUCUUGGAGCGGCUGCUGCUUUGAGCGGUAUCAUGCACAUCACAGUAUCUGUGGUAGUCAUCAUGUUUGAGCUUACCGGAGCUUUAACCUAUAUUUUACCAACAAUGGUUGUGGUUGGCGUAACCAAAGCAGUCAGCGAGCUCUUCGGGAAAGGAGGAAUUGCCGAUAGGAUGAUCUAUUUCAGCGGCUUCCCAUUCUUGGACAAUAAGGAAGAACACAUUUUUGAUGUCCCAGUCUCACAAGUUAUGACUGGCGAUGUUAUCGCAUUACCCACGACUGGAUUGGCGAUGAAGCACCUGGAGCAAUUGCUACGUGAGGACAAAUACCAAGGGUUUCCAAUAGUUGAGGAUAGAGCCUCAAAGAUCCUCGUUGGAUACAUUGGGCGGACCGAGUUACGAUAUGCUAUUGACCGUGUCAAGAAAGACCGGUCGAUCAGCUCAACAGCGAAGUGCUACUUCGGCUUGAAUACUUCACGGCGAGACUCGAUACCAGCGACGCCAGCGAUCUCCGGCCAUCCACCAACGACCUUUGAUGCAAUGGCAUCAUCAUCCGUCGACUUCAGCCGCUUUAUAGAUCCUACCCCAGUCACUGUGCACCCAAGGCUACCGCUGGAGACAGUCAUGGAAUUAUUCCGCAAGAUUGGCCCACGAGUGAUUCUCAUUGAAUACCAUGGGAAGCUCACUGGUCUGGUGACCGUGAAAGAUUGCCUGAAGUAUCAAUUCAAGGUAGAAGCCAGCGAGAAUCCCAGGGAUGACAGGCAUCUAGUCGAGAGCCAGGAGCGGCUUUGGGGAGUGAUCAAGAGAGGUGCGGGCUGGUUAUCGGAUCAGGUGCAUCAUGUUUCGAGAGGGAAGAUCAGAUUAGGUGGAAGCGUCGAUUUAGCGAGGUCGCCACCUCGUGGUCAUACAGGUCCAACGUCUUACAUGAUGGAUGGAACCGAGGACGACGUGGAUGCCGACCAAGGUGUAGAAUUAGAAGACCGGUAGCGCCUCUGUUUGAAUAUCGAUUUAGACCUUUGAUCCAAUAUCCAAUAUAUGUUUGGUCUAUCUUGUUCAAUAAAUCCAAAACAAACAACACUAUUCAACAUCUCACUCAUCCCAAAUGACGCUCGUGAUCUCCCCACCGACAUCAACCG